UGAACCAGUUAAGGCGAUUAUUUUUUGAUUUACUUUGGAUUUAUUCUUUGUGUAAUGCAUAGCAAAGUAAGUGUUCUUAUUUUUAAUUAUUUAUUUCGAUUUCAGUUAAUUAUUUAUAAUUUUUCAGCACCAAAGGAAUCACAAAAAUAAAAAAAAAAUGCCGCUAAGAUUGUAGUACUAUAAAAAAAUAGUUUUCAUGCAUAUUUUUUUCUUGGAUGUAAAAGGACUAACUUAAUGAUCAAUAGCUUGAUAAAAAUGUCAAUGCCCUACCUGCAGAAUUGCAGCUGGAUUUUUCCGCGCAGACUUCAGGGAAUGGUUUCGUGGAGCUGGAUUACUUUUCAGGAAGCAAUAGUUCAGUUCAGAAAGAAACUGCCCUAGCUAUUAUCUUUUCUACAACAUCUGCAUACGGACUACUUCUGUGGCAUGGUCAGAAGCGUCCAUCUGCCCUCCAGGGAAAUGAUUUUAUCGCCUUGGCAGUCGUAGGGGGCUAUUUGGAAUUUGUGUUUCGGUUAGACGGUCAAGAGGCUCGAAUUCGCAAUGGCGUAUUGCGAAUUGACGAUGGGCAGCCUCAUGUAGCGAUUCUGAAGAGGGCUACAUUUCAGGGAAGUCUCGAGUUGGACAGUUACAUUGAUUAUGAUGAGAUAAAAGCUACCAACACUAGGGAAAUGAUCUUACCUGGAUUUCUAUACGUUGGUGGUCUUCCCGACAUUGUUAACUUCACAGGGGGGCGCUACAAAGAUUCCUUCAGGGGCUGUGUCCACGUAUUGCAAGACAUCACUCGUGGUCCCAUUAAUUUUGGCGUAUAUGCCGUUAAUGCCGAAAAUGUUCACAGUUGCUCAAAUCCAUCCUGGACGUCAUCCUCCCUUGUAUACUCAGAAGUUGAGAAUCUGCUCAAUGGAGUCCUCGCUGGAGGCACAAGUGAAAUCUUCAACCACAACUUUGACGAGAUCAAUGAACCUCCUCCAGUUCAUAUCAUCUACCCCCGACCAACAGGAAACAUAACUUCUGGAGUACCAUCCAAGGCACAUUGGUGGUUGGUUAUUGCUUACUUGAUAAAAGUAUUUGUCGAGAGUGUUAUCACGUGAGAGACACUUUGGCGUUUAAUAGAUAGUACAAUUUUUUUGUAUAAAGUCCUUUUAAGCGAAUCUGCGAUAAAUUUCUGUUUUUUUUCUUUUACGGAUUAUUUUCUCAAAACCUAUGUCUAUUUACCAAUUCUCUUGUUUCAUGUUAAUAUUUUUCCAUUUCCAUUUACAGUUGCUGUAAAUCUCUAAAUAUUAUAUAAACACAUUUUCUAUUGUAAGCCAAAGUAUGUUAAAACUAACGAUAAUAAAAGCUCAAUUUUAAGACAA